UGAAAGGUGGCGUGAUGGGAAAUCCCUGUUUUAUAAGUAAUGUUUGGAAUUCCACAUUGUGGAGAAUAUAAGUCGACCUGCGCUCACUCGCCAGCAUUUCACUGAAAUUCAUCCGAGGAAACAGAAAUGAGUGACGAGGAGGUCGCGAGAGUGGUUUUUGGUGAAUCGCGCGGGGAGCCAAUGGCUGGCCAGAGGGCCGUGGCCCAUUCAAUCUACAACCGUACGCGACACCCGGGAUACCCCAACACCGUCCAUGAAGUCGUCAACCAGACAUGGGGCGGCGGCCGUCAUCAGUAUGAGACAUUGGAUGAUCGCGGACAUUCUCGAAAUUGGGAGGAAGCCCGCCGGAACAACAGCCGAGAGUACCAGAAUGCCAUGAGCGCCGCCCACGAAGCUCGCACUAACCCCUCCGCCGACCCUACACGAGGCGCCGUGGAUUUCGCGUCACGUGACCCAUGGCCGUCCACCAACGACAAUGACCACUGGCGCGCCACCAACAAGCAACAGAUAGGGAACCAGUACUUCGUGAAGCGGGAGCCACGCUAAUAUGGUCGACAAAUGAGACCAGAACUUUUUUAUUUGAAUAGAUUUAAAACAGACCUAAUUUACAGUGGUUUGUUAUGUUAAUUUGCUUUAAUUGUUAUAUUCCGCUUACUGUUUUCUUAACAUACAUGUAUGUUUACAUUGAACAUCAGUAUUUAAUUCUAUACCUUGUUGUUAUACAAAAUGAAGGCGUUCUUUCGCACUUACUAUGUACAUACAUUUGAAAUAAUGAUAUACAUGUAUAAGAAAUGACACGUGUUUAGAUGAUGUACGUACAUGUAUAUUUUUUUUCUUUUUGGAAGCCACGACUUCUUUUCUUCCCCGUCACAUGUGUGGAAUGGGUCGAGGAUCCCCAAACAAAACUCACAAAAAAGGCAUUAUAUAUUUGCAUAAAACAAUUCAAUCAAUGAAAUGUAUUUAUAUAGUAUAAUUGUAUAUAAUCACUCAAUUACUUUACCUGUUUGCCAUAUCUUGAAUAUGAAACAAUAAAUUGAUGUUUAAGAUAUGAAAUAGGUAAGAAUGAUGUUAUAAAAAAUCUCAAUUUUGCGAGACAUAACCCUUGUAAUAGUAAUUGUAUUUUUGUUUACAAAAUCGAAAAAGUAAAUGAAACAAAACGGUAUGUCAUUCAUGAAGUUGUCUUUUUUCGAAAAUCUGAUAAAAAUCAAGGGAAUUCUUCCAUGUGUUCAAAUUCAAUUUUUCUUUUAAGCACUUUACGUGAUCUAUAAUUGAUUUGUGGAUGCGUAGUAUUGAUAAGCUUAUUUCUGUGUUAACGUUUUCGUGUUCAAUUAAGUUCCUACUUUCCUAAAUAUGCCAUUUUUUCAAUGAUUAUUGCGUUGAUACUUUUGCAUUUUUCCUGAAUUGUUUAUACUAUGUAUCCGUCUAAAUAAAGUUAUAAACGUAUACAAAAUAUAG